AUCAAGUUGACGUUUUAGCAGCGAAAUGCCGAAGGAGGGCAAACCGGAUUUCUCAAGGCUCGGUGACGUACGGCGGUCAUUCACGGUACAGGGCCAGCGAAAAAACUCCAAGCUGUACGUUCACCCGGAAGGUCCGUACAGAUUGACGAAUGAUGAUGAAACGCGUUACGGCAAAUUCCUCAUGGAACGGAACGCUGCGCACAAGACACAAUCCGGAGAGACGCAUGUCUAUACACAUUGCUACACAUUCCGAAAGAAGUGUCCUGCCCGAGCAGUUUUCACCGAGGACGAUAUUCUCCUCAAGAACGGGCAAGAGCCACACAACCACCCCCCAGUCGACGAUGAAGUCGAUCAGUUUCGGCUACUGAUGGAGUUGCGGAAAGCUCAACAGAUUUGCAAUGGAAAUGCCGAGAUCAUCUUCCAAUGUGAAUUGUGUUCGAAGGACUUCAGCCAUAAGAAAUCUCUACUCGCCCAUUACCGCGGAGCGCAUCGUGUCGAACCGAGUAACUCCGACGGGGCUCUCCAGAACUAUCAUUGUGUGCACUGCGAGAACGCGGUGUUCGCUACUUUAACUCGACUGAGAUGCCAUUACGUCGACACACAUCAGUUCGAUCCCGUGACUCAGAAACUGGAGUUCGAAACUCUGCCCGCUUUCGAGCAAUGGAAAUCAGCCAUCGAGCAGGAGACGGGAGUUCGUUUCCGUCGGCGGUGGGGCAGUCGCAAGAGGAAAGACGGAUCUUUACGUUUUCGGUACUCCUGUCAGCACAAUGACCCUUUCAUGAAGGGUUUGGCGAAACGAGGGAUGGCUUGGUGUCCAGCUGAGCUCAUGGUUGUCAAGGACGCUACCUCCGGGUGUGUUCUAGCGGAGUUCCAUUCGUCUCAUUACGGCCACGGCAGCGGACAGACACUACACGAAGUGCUGGUCGAGGGAAGCAGCGAAGAGGUCAAAACUGUUGUGGAGCAUCGCGAGGAGGAGGUGCACAUGGUCGUCGAAGAGCCUGAAGAAGAUACGAGGGGAACAAAAGAGGUGGACGCCGAAAAUUGGGGAAGCUCGGGAACCCAAGGGGUGCAAUUGGUCUCAGAAGAAGGUGUUGGAGCAGAAGAUACCGCGGUUCUGAUACAAGAAGCUGAGCCGGUCGAGUACGAAUGUGAAACUAGUCUUGAAGUACCGUACAAAACACAGACGCUCGAAGAUACCGUGGGCUCCAUGAAAGAAUCCGUGGGUUUGACACAGGUGGCUGUCAAGCAAGGAACGACCUUGAAAGGAUCGCAACAGGUCCAAGGAAUCGCCAAGAUCAAUGAGCUUCUACAAUUUGUGAUAAACGUCGAUCUGUCAGAGGAAGACUACACGCAGUUCCACAAUCUCCUCGACGCUAGUCUGAUCAUCUACAAGCGGAAGUUGUUGCAGAAACAGCAGUAGAAGUGCACACGGAGAGUAAGCGGUCAUUGGUGACACGAGGGAAAUACUUGCAUCUGAAUAAAGUCCUAUCGUUGAUCU